CCUCUGGCGAUCCUUUACUGUUGAUUCAUAUCAUUACUGAACCCCCUUCCCUGGCAUUGUGAUAAUGGAGGAAACACAGAGACCCGCAGUCUCAACGAGGAGGACAAGACAAACAGCGAAAUUGGACGAAGCAGCGGCCGCCUCUUCAGAACUAUCUCGAACUACAAACAAUAAUCUUAACUCUGCCAUCACAGAACCUGAACACAGUACGACAGACUUGAUGGUAGAAGGCCUGCAUAUUCUUCCAGAAGCCCUCCAUGUCGGCCUCAAACUCAAAGACUUAGGGAAGAGAAGCAUCCAGCUGCUCUUAAAGAAGCGUCAAUUAUUAAGAGAUACACCACUCGAUAUCCCAGAAGAUAUGGAAAGAAAAGGACUAGCCUCAUCAGUCAUGGCAACUCUGGUCUUUGCCCAGGAAGAAGCAGGCACAGCGGUCUGCAUCUCACCCAAUGGCAUUCUCCUCACUUGCUCCCACUGCAUCGCCGAGACCAUCGACGAUUUUGACGAUUCCAAAAGCCAUUGGCUCCUCUUCGCCUCGGGCCAAGUAGUUGAAGCCAAAGCCCUAGCAUGGGAUGGCAAGAGAGACUUGGCCCUAUUGAAAAUCACCUCAGCCCAACAACCUCCGCCACCUUCAGGGCCGACAUCAUCAUCACCGCACUCAAGGGGGUUCCCCUUCGUGACCCUCUCCCCCGCACCGCCCGCCUUGAAGGCCCGACUCAUCUGCGUCGGCCACCCGGGCAGCGAAGACUUCGAGGCGGCUGUCCCGGGAACAAAGACGGACUACGACGUCCUCCACCUCAGCGCCGGCACGUUCAGGGGCUGUGCCGAGGGCCAGGACCCGCAGGAUAACUCGGAGAUCGGGGCGCUAACGCAUUCGUGCUGGACGUACUGGGGCCACAGCGGCGCACCGCUGGUCGAUAGGAAGACGGGGACGCUCGUUGGGCUUCAUUCGUCGUGGGAUGAUGAGACGGGGAUGCGGAGGGGAAUUGCUUGGGAGGCUAUAUCCGGGUUUCUGGAGGAGAAUAAGCGUUAUUUGUGAUCUUUGGGUAUCAAGUCUUCUGGCCAUGUAGGUGCUUCUCUUCUCAUGGGGUUGGUAUAUACUUUUACACAGAUAGAUCGUACAUCAGCUG